AUGGUUGCCGUUAACGACAGGUUCCUGAUAGCUGCACAGAUCAUCAGUCUCCAGACCUCUUUCGGAGCUGUCACCUCUACAUCACAAAGUCAUGUUGAUUCUGAUGUUUAUUAAAACGGCUCGACCCGUGACCGCUUUUACAACCUUGUAAAACCUUCGGAGCCAUCGGCAAAGUCUAACCUGCCACACCUCAUUUGCCUAUAGCUUUGUGAACAUGGGGAGAGAAAACACACUCACACACUCACACACACACUCCGCUGCCGAAAACAAAGUUGCAAAAUCCAAAGUGAUGCUUCUUCAAACAGCCUGGGGGAGAGUGUUUGACAGACGGGGGGUGGGGGGGACAGGUAGGUGUAGACCGAUGGUGCUGCUAAAUGUUUUAUGAGCAAAGCCUCUUAAUCUUUUAAAAUCAUUUGUUUUCCUCCAAAAGUUGUGCCGCUUGUUUUCUUGGAUCGUCCGAGUAGCCUAAUCCAAGCUUUUGAUUUCUGGCAGUGCCGCCACGUUAACACCUAGCACAGGCUGACAGUCGGGAACCAGGGAUUACUGUAGUUUGUCAUACAUGUGGUGUUUGGAAUCAAGUGACAGCCCUGUGUUUCUGUAGAGACCCCUGGGCUGGAUGGAUGCAGCAGGUUUUUCCCUGUGAUGACAGGGGGCGCUUAGCCUGCACUCAAUAAACAAAACACUACAGGACUACUUCUCCAACUGAUCACACACCCAGCCUGUGAUGUUGCUGACCCACCGUCAUGUGUUGCUAGGAUGGGGGAUGGAGGUGUGGUAUUUGCGAUGGGUAGUGGAUUUAUACUGAACAAAAAUAUAAACGCAACAUGUAAAAAGUGUUGGUCCCAAGUUUCAUGAGCUGAAAUAAAAGGUCUCAGAAAUGUUCCAUACGCACAAAAGGCUUAUUUCUCUCAAAUGUUGUGCACAAAUUUGUUUACAUCCCUGUUAGUCAGCAUUUCUCCUUUGCUAAGAUAAUCCAUCCACCUGACAGGUGUGGCAUAUCAAGAAGCUGAGUAAACAGCAUGAUCAUUACACAGGUGCACCUUGUGCUGGGGACAAUAAAAGGCCACUCUAAAAUGUGCAGAUUUGUCAUACAACACAAUGCCACAGAUGUCUCAAGUUUUGAGGGAGCAUGCAAUUGGCAUGCUGAUUGCAGGAAUGUCCAUCAGAGCUGUUGCCACAGAAUUUAAUGUUAAUUUCUCUACCAUUAGCGGCCUCCAACGUCGUUUUAGAGAAUUUGUCAGUACGUCCAACCGGCCUCACAACCGCAGACCACGUGUAACCACGCCAGCCCAGGAGCUCCACAUCCAGCUUCUUCACCUGCAGGAUCUUCUGAGACCAGCCAUCUGGACAGCUGAUUAAACUGUGGAUUUGCACAACUGAAGAAUUUCAGCACAAGCUGUCAGAAACUGUCUCAGGGAAGCUCAUCUGCGUGCUCGUUGUAGCCGACUUCAGUGGGCAAAUGCUCACAUUCGAUGGUCACUGACACGCUGGAGAAGUGUGCUCUUCACGGAUUGAACUGUACCGGGCAGAUGGCAGACAUGGUGUCGUGUGGGCGAGCGGUUUGCUGAUGUCAACGUUGUGAACAGAGUGCCCCAUGUUGGCGGUGGGGUUAUGGUAUGGGCAGGCAGGCAUAAGCUACGGACAUCAAACACAAUAGCAUUUUAUCAAUGGAAAUUUGAAUGCACAGGGAUACCGUGACGAGAUCCUGAGGCCCAUUGUCGUGCCAUUCAUUCGCCGCCAACACAUCAUGUUUCAGCAUGAUAAUGGACGGCCCCAUGUCCCCAUGUCACACAAUUCCUGGAAGCUGCAAAUGUCUCAGUUCUUCCAUGGCCUGCAUACUCACCAGACAUUUCAUCCAUUAGGCAUGUUUGGGAUGCUCUGGAUCGACAACAUUCCACAGGCCACAUUCAACAGCCUGAUCAACUCUAUGCGAAGGAGAUGUGUGUGGCAAAUGAUAGUCACACCAGAUACUGACUGGUUUUCUGAUCCACACCCAUACCGUUUUUUAAGGUACACUACAUAAACAAAAGUAUGUGGACACCUGCUCGUCGAACAUCUCAUUCCAAAAUUAUGGGCAUUAAUAUGGAGUUGGUCCCCCCUUUGCUGCUAUAACAGCCUCAACUCUUAUGGGAAGGUUUUCCACUAGCUGUUGGAACAUUGCUGCGGGGACAUUGCUGCGAGCAUUAGUGAGGUCGGGCACUGAUGUUGGGCAAUUAGGCCUGGCUCGCAGUCGGCAUUUCAAUUCAUCCCAAAGGUGUUAUAUGGGGUCAGGGCUCUGUGCAGGCUAGUCAAGUUCUUCCACACCGAUCUCGACAAACCAUUUCUGUAUGGACCUCGCUUUGUGCACGGGGGCAUUGUCAUGCUGAAACAGGAAAGGGCCUUCCUCAAACUGUUGCCACAAAGUUGGAAGCACAGAAUCGUCUAGAAUGUCAUUGUGUACUGUAGCAUUAAGAUGUCCCUUCACUGGAACUAAGGGGCCUAGCUCAAACCAUGAAAAACAGCCCCAGACCAUUAUUCCUCCUCCACCAAACUUUACAGUUGGCACUGGCACUAUGCAUUUGCGCAGGUAGUGUUCUCCUGGCAUCCGCCAAACCCAGAUUUGUCCGUCGUACUGCAUAAUGGUGAAGCGUGAUUCACCACUCCAGAGAACGCGUUUCUACUGCUCCAAAGUCCAAUGGCGGCGAGAUUUCCACCACUCCAGCCGACGCUUGGUAUUGCGCAUGGUGAUCUUAGGCUUGUGUGCGGUUGCUCGGACAUGGAAGCCAAUUUCAUGAAGCUCCCGACUAACAGUUCUUGUGCUGACGUUGCUUACAUAGGCAGUUUGGAACUCGGUAGUGAGUGUUACAGACAAUUUUUACGUGCUACGCACAUCAGCACUCGGCAGUCCCGUUCUGUGAGCAUGUGUCCUACCACUUUGCGGCUGAGCCGUUGUUGCUCCGAGACGUUUCCACUUCACAAUAACAGCACUUACAGUUGACCGGGACAGCUCUAGCAGGGCAGAAAUUUGACGAAUUGACUUGUUGGAAAGGUGGCAUCCUAUGACGGUGCCACGUUGAAAGUCACUGAGCUCUUCAGUAAGACCAUUCUACUGCCAAUGUUUGUCUAUGGAGAUUUCAUGGCUGUGUGCUCGAUUUUAUACACCUGCCAGCAACAGGUGUGGCUGAAAUAGCCGAAUCCACUAAUGUGAAGGGGUGUCCACAUACUUUUGUAUACAGUAUACCUAUUUUGUUGCCUUACAACUUGGAAUUAAAAUGGAUUUUGGGGGGGGUUGUAUCAUUUGAUUUACACAACAUGCCUAUAAAAUAUAUUUUCUUGUGAAACAAACAAGAAAUGAGACAAAAAAACACAAAACUUGAGCAUGCAUAACUAUUCACCAAACCCCCCCCCCCCCCCAAAGUCAAUACUUUGUCAAGCCACCUUUUGAAGCAAUUACAGCUGCAAGUCUCUUGCGGUAUGUCUCUAUAAGCUUGGCACAUCUAGCCACUGGAAUUUUUGCCCAUUCUUCAAGGCAAAACUGCUCCAGCUCCUUCAAGUUGGAUGGGUUCCACUGGUGUACAACAAUCUUUAAGUCAUACCACAGAUUCUCAAUUGGAUUGAGGUCGGGGCUUUGACUAGGCCAUUCCAAGACAUUUAAAUGUUUCCCCUUAAACCACUCGAGUGUUGCUUUAGCAAUAUGCUUAGGGUCAUUGUCCUGCUGGAAAGUGAACCUCCGUCCCAGCCUCAAAUCUCUGGAAGAUUGAAACAGGUUUUCCUCAAGAAUUUCCAUGUAUUUAGCGCCAUCCAUCAUUCCUUAAAUUCUGACCAGUUUCCGAGUCCCUGCCGAUGAAAAACAUCCCCACAGCAUGAUGGUGUUCUCAGGGUGAUGAGAGGUGUUGGGUUUGCGCCAGACAUAGCGUUUUCCUUGAUGGCCAAAAAGCUCAUCUGAACAGAGUACCUUCUUCCAUAUCUUUGGGGAGUCUCCCACAUGCCUUUUGGUGAACACCAAAUAUGUUUGCUUAUUUUUUUCUUAAGCAAUGGCUUUUUUCUGGCCACUCUUCUGUAAAGCCCAGCUCUGUGGAGUGUACGGCUUAAAGUGGUCCUAUGGACAGAUACUCCAAUCUCCGCUGUGGAGCUUUGCAGCUCCUUCAAGGUUAUCUUUGGUCUCUUUGCUGCCUCUCUGAUUAAUGCCCUCCUUGCCUGGUCCGUGAGUUUUGGUGGGUGGCCCUCUCUUGGCAGGUUUGUUGUGGUGCCAUAUUCUUUCCAUUUUUUAAUAAUGGAUUUAAUGGUGCUCCGUGGGAUGUUCAAAGUUUCUGAUAUUUCUUAAUAUCCCAACCCUGAUCUGUACUCCUCCACAACUUUGUCCCUGACCUGUUUGGAGAGCUCCUUGGUCUUCAUGGUGCCGCUUGCUUGGUGGUGCCCCUUGCUUAGUGGUGUUGCUGACUCUGGGGCCUUUCAGAACAGGUGUAUGUAUACUGAGAUCAUGUGACAGAUCAUGUGACACUUAGAUUGCACACAGGUGGACUUCAUUUAACUAAUUAUGUGACUUCUGAAGGUAAUUGUUUGCACCAGAUCUUAUUUAGGGGCUUCAUAGCAAAGGGGGUGAAUACAUAUGCACGCACCACUUUUCCGUUAUUUAUUUUUUUGAAUUUUUUGAAACAAGUAAUUUUUUUCAUUUCACUUCACCUAUUUGGACUAUUUUGUGUAUGUCCAUUACAUGAAAUCCAAAUAAAAAUCAAUUUAAAUUACAGGUUGUAAUGCAACAAAAUAGGAAAAAUGCCAAGGGAGAUGAAUACUUUUGCAAGGCUCUGUAUAUAUUGUAUCUGUGACCAACAGGUCCAUAUCUGUAUUCCCAGUCAUGUGAAAUCUAUUGAUUAGGGCCUAAUUUAUUUAUUUCAAUUGACUGAUUUCCUUAUAUGAACUGUAAUUCAGUAAAGUCUUUGAAAUUGUUGCAUGUUGCGUUUAUAUUUUUGUUCAGUGUAGUUGACAGUGAUAUAGAUGGGCUGUGGUUUUAGAUGGAGUUUGGAGUGUAUGUGUGAGUGCGUGCGUGCUUGUGUGCGUGUGUGUGCAGGGCCGUAACUACAUAUGAGGACACCGAUUUUUUAAAAUAAUAAUCAAAAUAUAUAUUUUCUACACAUAAAGAAAAUAAAUUACGGGUCAACUAAAUAUUGCUCCCAGUGUUGUUCAAAUCUCAGAACGCUUAUAUUAUUGCUCUGACUGAGUUCUAAUUGCACCUGCCUUUUUUUCGAACAAGUGGAAUCAUGAAAAGUGGUUUGUUCAUUAUGUUCGCCUGCGUCCCCCGGAUUAGCCUCCUGGAUUUGCCUUUUUAGCAGAACAUUUACAAGGCCUUCUCGCGGCACAGGCCGAGGGGUUGAAACAUGAGGCAAUUUGAAAACCGUCCUGCGACUCCUGCCGUAUCUACGGGCAUCCCCCAAACAAAGAAAAGCCGUCUCUCGUAGAAUGAGUGCAAAACAGGUAAAUAGUCACUUAUAGAUACAGUGCAUUCGGAAAGUAUUCAAACCCUUGACUUUUUCCACAUUUUGUUACGUUACAGCCUUAUUCUAAAAUGGAUUAAAUUGUUUUUUUUCCCUCAUCAAUCUACACAAAAUACCCCGUAAUGACAAAGCAACAACAGGUUUUUAUAAUUUUUUCAAAAUGUAUAUAAAAAAAUAAAGAAUAUAUCACAUUUACAUAAGUACUCAGUACUUUGUUGAAGCACCUUUGGCAGCGAUUACAGCCUUGAGUCCUCUUGGGUAUGACGCUACAAGCUUGGCGCACCUGUAUUUGGAGAGUUUCUCCCAUUCUUCUCUGCAGAUCCUCUCAAGCUCUCUCAGGUUGGAUGGGGAGCGUCGCUGCACAACUAUUUUCAGGUCUCUCCAGAGAUGUUCGAUUUGGUUCAAGUCCGGGCUCUGGCUGGGCCACUCAAGGACAUUCAGAGAAUGUCUAGGAAGAGUCUUCGUGGUUCCAAACCUCUUCCAUUUAAGAAUGACGGAGGCAACUGUGUUCUUGGGGACCUUCAAUGCUGCAGACAUUUUUUGGUACCCUUCCCCAGAUCUGUGCCUGACACAAUCCUGUCUCGGAGCUCUAUGGACAAUUCCUUCGACCUCAUGGCUUGGUUUUUGCUCUGACAUGCACUGUCAACUGUGGGACCUUAUAUAGACAGGUGUGUGCCUUUCCAAAUCAUGUCCAAUCAAUUGAAUUUGUCACAGGUGGACUCCAAUCAAGUUGUAGAAACAAAUCAAGGAUGAUCAAUGGAAACAGGAUGCACCUGAGCUCAAUUUCACAUCUCAUAGCAAAGGGUCUGAAUACUUAUGUAAAUAGGGCAUUUCUGUUUUUUAUAUUCAAUAAAUGUGCAAAAAUGUCUAAAAUCCUGUUUUCACUUUGUCAUUAUGGGGUAUUGUGUGUAGAUUGAUGAGGGAAAACAUUAAUUUAAUCAAUUUUAGAAUAAGGCUGUAACGUAACAAAAUGUGGAAAAGGGGAUGGGUGCACUAUGUCAGUCAGUCAGUCAGGUGGCUAACUGCCGGCAGUGACUUCUAUUGCAGUAACGUUGAAGGGCUCUGGCAAGUAUUACUUAGCCAGCUAGAAGGAUGAAGUAAGAAGCUAACGUUAAACGGAGCCUACCUCAGCAGAUGCAAAAAUAGGCUACUAAGUUCUCUUUGCUUUACAGAGAGUAGGCUACUGAGACAGACAGUGAUGUGGCGCUCAGUGGUGAGGCUGAGGCAGGCUGCAAUGCAUGCAGGAGGAAGCAGAGGAGACAGAGAGACAGAGAGAGCGGAAGCAAGUGGAGAGAGAGGUUAGUACAGUGGUUGCCAAACUUGGAGUCGGGCCCCGUGUGGGGUCCCCUGAGAAAAUCUGUACUAAUCUUAUCAAACAAGUUAGGAAUUUAAAAAAGAGAAGAUAUGUUUCAAUGUGAACAUCUCCACAUGGCCUAUCUUCCCUAUAGGUCUACAUUUAAAUGCAAUCAAAAUGCGAACAAUACAGUUCUAAAAAUGUAAUACGUUUUCAUCUGUGUUUGUUUGUCUUUUCUUGAUCGCCCACUGGAGUUUAUAGUUUACCCAUUACCCACCUUUUUUUACCACUACAUCACUGAUAUUAAUACAGAAUUGUAAGUAAUAUUCUGAUAAUUCAUGUGAAUUGUGAUGGGAGAGGCUAUACUCGCGUAGCUGAGUAUAGAGAUUAAUGGAUUUGGUUCAGUCAUCCUGAUGAGCCCUUCCCAGCUAGUUAGUUUAUGCUGGCUAGCUGGCAACAACAGCAGCAUGGCACUAGUUAUGUUUAUUUCAUUGGGCGAGGGAGAAAUAACUUGCACUUUUUAGCAGGAGCAAUUAGGUUUAAGUGCUUUGCUCAAGGGCACGUUGAAAAUUGUUUCACCUAGUCGGCUCGAGGAUUUGAACCAGUGACCUUUUGGUUACUAGUCCAACGCUCUUAACCGCUAGCCUAUCUGCUGCCCCAGUUGUAGUAAUGGUCACCAUCUGGAUGUCACCGUGACAUGCCACAUAACUAACGUAACGACAAGCCAGUGCGAGGUGCUUGCUGACGUGAGUCUUGCUUCCCACUAGGCAGCAGUUGCUUCCCACCGGGCAGCUGUAGGCUAUCACAUGUCGCCGGCUGUGGCUAAUGUGGCCAAUUUAAUGUGUGUGUCGUGAACAACAUUAGCGAGAGCAACAAUAGGCGGUUCGCCUUCAAAAUAAAAGGCCCCCAUUGAAACUGAUGCAAUCGGAUAAAAAUAGUGGAAUCAUGCCACAACUGGACUAGAUAAAGCUAAACAAAGUUGGAAUGUUGUUAUACAAAUUUAACAAAAGACAAUAAUUAGUUAAUUUGACACAAAAAAGAAAAUAAUUACUUGAAAUCGCACUGUGGAUGUGUUAGACUUCAGAAUUGCACUGUACAGCCUUACCUAUGGAUCUUGGGUCCAUGAAAUGGGGCAUCAGCCUAAUCAGCGACAGCCACAGGCUACAAUUCUGAAGAGUUUAUUUUGAGUAGGAUAGCAGCCUACACGAGAAAUAACUUGUAAUAUUGGUAGUAACCAUCUGGAUGUCACUGUGAUACAGUCUACUCAAAUAACAUUUUAUUUGUCACAUGCUUCGUAAACAACAGGUGCAGGCUAACUGAAAUGCUUACUUACGGGCCCUUCCCAACAAUGCAGACAAUACUGUUCAAUGGGUAGAGUUUGCGCCGCAAGCUGGCAACACAACAACACUGGGCACAGUGUCCUUUGCUCCUGCUUGCCGCGCAGUAAGGAGAUGGAAGUAGCUAGAUUGUAUAGCCAAUAUCAGGUCUGGGUGACAGCUAAAGCACACAUAUUGUAGUGAUUUUCACAGAAAAUGUACAACUAUGCCAUUAACGUAUACAAUUACCCAGAUAAGCUGAAUGAUUCUGAACACUCUCCCAAGUCCCAACUUCGGCAGACAAGUUUCAAAUUCUAACAAAAGUUUCUAGCCACAAGCAUAAACUAGCUAGCUGGAAAGGGCGCAUCAGGACGACUGACUGAACAGACUGAACCGAAUCCAUUCGUCUCAAAUCGAUUCUCGCUGUUCGACAUACGUCAUCAAUUUGGGCACCAGGAAUAAUACGAUCAUCUGUGUGCUCCAUUGAUGUCCGUUUGUGCGGAGCUUGAUUAAUAAUGCAUAGGAAUACAAACGUGAACACUAUGUAAUUUGAGAAAAUAGAUAUUAUGUAAAGAGUUUAUGAUUUUAUGCAAAUCAUCAUUACAACUGACUGAACAGUCGCUGAUGCUACAUGGCAGUGUGAAUAAUUUAUCAUAUUUCCCCUCUUUCAGGGGUAUAACAUUACAAUUGUAUAGCUAAUAGGCUAUGUGUUUGUAGAUCGACUGAGGUGAAUGAACCUACAGCAGCAUGUUUUUGCUGUUCUCCAAAUAGCAUUUUCUAAAGUUUUUUAGUUGUAUAGAAAUGCAGUAAAUGAGCUUCAACUUUCAAAAAAUACCCCCCUCCCCUUCCGGAUCUCACGAAAACUCAAACCCUUGUUACAGCCCUGUGUGUGUGUGUGCAUGUGCGUGAGCCGUGUGUACGUGUGUGUGCCAGGGGGGGGGGGCUCUUUCCUCAGUUCUCUCAGGUAAACGCUGACCAGUGUGUUGCCGUCCUUCCUUCCUUGUCAUUCCAGGUAUGCCCCUCAGUCUGGACUGUAAUGCCUUCUUCGGCUACAGCGGGGAGUCCAGACCUAUCAUCUACUGGAUGAAGGGGGAGAAGUUUGUGGAGGAGCUGGCAGGUCACAUUAAAGAAAGUGAAGUCAGGUACUGUAUCUAUCACUGCAAACGUUUCCUCUUUUUUUUUUUCUGAUGGUGUUUGGCGUUUGGCGUUUCUGCUUAUAUACAGAAACUAGGGUGGAUGUGACUGACCGUGUUACUUGUAGGAAAAAACUUUUUUCCUCCCCAAUAUUAUUCCCUUUAGGUCUGUGGGGUAAUGUCUUGUGGGUGUGAAACAUCAUCAGGAGUCAUUAGGAGUGUGAUGUGCCAGCGGCCACAUCCUGUGCUGUCCAGUGUGAGGUAUUAACUAUGACUGACAGCUUAUAAUACCUCCAUCGGCGGUAGGGAUUUCUGCAGUCUAAAUGGACAGAAGCAAAAUCCUCACGCGUACAAUGAGAAACGAAUCAUGUAACAUUAAUUUAACAAAAGCAGACUGCUACUACUGAAAGUGGUGAGAGUGAGAGCUCCUCCUCUUGUUGGAAACCUUGAUCUCCACAAAGAGAAGAAAGCUAGUAAUUACCACAUAAAGCUGUCAUGUAAAUUGAACCACUCCUAAUAAAUGACAAAUAAAAGUAUCUCACCUGCCCAGCCUAGAGUAGUGAGUAGCAUUUCAGUCAUAAAGUACACAAUGGAUUUCAAAACAACUGAACUGACUCCACACCAGAGCCCACCUCUACAAUUAUAAAUCUGCUAUCUAACGUUACUCCUGGCUCCCGGUCCUAUCAAUAUCCAGUGUCUUCUCCCUGGACCGGCUAGGAACAAUGCCUUUAACUGCCACCACAUCCCAGCACACACGGCCAAAACAAAACCAACCAAUUUUUCUCUCUUGCUAACCAAACGAGGCUGGUUGUCUCUACAGCUGUGCAGAUGAAAAGCAGAUAAAAGCAUUUGAAUGGUCAGAGGGGGUUGAUACAGAGGAGAUACAGGCAGACUGUAAUUUUCUGUCUGCCCCAAUUUGAUUGGUGAACGGCCAAGUAUUAUGACUAAGAAUGGAGAGGAGAAAAGGCUGCUUAUUUAAGAUGGUCUAAUAACCUUAAGAACAAAGGCUGUGACCGUUUUCAGGAUAAAUAUGUUUGGGAAUUCAUACAAAGAAGUCCAGGUCAGGUUAGUGCAGUAAGAUGCUCUGACCCAGUUUCUCUCAGCGCUCCUGGUGUACUAAUGCAAUCUGAGACAGAGGGAGAGAGAGAUGGAGAGAAAGAGAGUGUGCGUGUGUGUGUUUAGUGUGUGUGUGCGCAUGCACGCGUGUCUGUGUCUGUCUGUGUCUGUCUCUGUCUGCGAGUGUGGGCCUGUGUGCGUGUGAGUGUUUGUGAGGAUCUGAGUAAAUAUAUGCGUGUGUCCGACUGUGAAUAUGCUGGAGAGUUUUAGCAAGUAGCUCAUCUUUCAGAAUGACCUCUCACACUGCACAUAUCAGUCCUUCCCACUGACACUGCAAAGAGCUGUUCUGUAUUUUGGGGUGGAGGAGUUGAAGUGCUCCUGUGGGGGAGAGUUUUUCACACCGCAGACUGACCAUGUCUCCUCUGCUCCGGUUUUGUUUUCCUCCAGCCAAGCGGAGGAACACCACCACUAAUUACACCAUCGCCUCGUUUCUACCACUAGAACCGCGUCCUCCUUCCUAACAUGGAUGUAGAGGUUCCGAUGCCACAGUGUCGCCCACAUGGCCCACGUCCCUCACUCUCCCAUCCAUCCCUCCCUCACUCCCCCCUCCCCCGUCCCUCCCUCCCUCCCUGAGCCAUGACAGCUCAGCCCCCGCGCUGCUGAGACCCAUCAAUCUGCUGGCAAUGGGCCCCGGAUUUGGCCCCGAGACGGGGAUUACCACUAAUAACCCCUGUUCGCCAUCCUGCCGACCGGCAACACCACAAGUCAAUCCAGGCCUGACAGACCACCCUCCCCUCCGCACAGCAAGCAGGUUUCCCACAGCACGCUCCAUUAGCCAGGCCUGGGUCAUCAGGGCGCCAGCCUCCCAGCUCUGCCCUGCAUGAACAUACCAGGUCACGUGACACAGGCAACCCAGGCUGCGAGAUGAGGCUAGAAAGGGUGAGGGGUGGGAAGGUGGAGCACAAGGAUACAUACAUACAUACAGUUGAAGUCGGAAGUUUACAUACACUUAGGUUGGAGUCAUUAAAACUAGUUUUUCAACCACUCCACUAAUUUCUUGUUAACAAACUAUAGUUUUGGCAAGUCGGUUAGGACAUCUACUUUGUGCAUGACACAAGUAAUUUUUCCAACAAUUGUUUACAGACAGAUUAUUUCACUUAGAAUUCACUGUAUCACAAUUCCAGUGGGUCAGAAUAUUACAUACACUAAGUUGACUGUGCCUUUAAACAGCUUGGAAAUUCCAGAAAAUGAUGUCAUGGCUUUAGAAACUUCUGAUAGGCUAAUUGAAAUAAUUUGAGUCAAUUGGAGGUGUACCUGUGGAUGUAUUUCAAGGCCUACCUUCAAACUCAGUGCCUCUUUGCUUGACAUCAUGGGAAAAUAAAAAGAAAUCAGCCAAGACCUCAGAAUUGUUUUUGUAGAUCUCCACAAGUCUGGUUCAUCCUUGGGAGCAAUUUCCAAACGCCUGAAGGUACCACGUUCAUCUGUACAAACAAUAGUACGCAACUAUAAACACCAAGGGACCACGCAGCCGUCAUACCGCCUCGGAAAGAGACUUGUUCUGUCUCCUAGAGAUUAACGUACUUUGGUGCGAAAAGUGCAAAUCAAUCUCCGAACAACAGCAAAGGACCUUGUGAAGAUGCUGGAGGAAACAGGUACAAAAGUAUCUAUAUCCACAGUAAAACAAGUCCUAUAUCGACAUAACCUGAAAGCCCGCUCAGCAAGGAAGAAGCCACUGCUCCAAAACUGCCAUAAAAAAGCCAGACUAUGGUUUGCAACUGCACAUGGGGACAAAGAUCGUACUUUUUGGAGAAAUGUCCUCUAGUCUGAUGAAACAAAAAUAGAACUGUUUGGCCAUAAUGACCAUCGUUAUGUUUGGAGGAAAAAGGGAGGGCUUACAAGCCGAAGAACACCAUCCCAACCGUGAAGCACGGGGGUGGCAGCAUCAUGCUGUGUGGGUGCUUUGCUGCAGGAGGGACUGGUGCACUUCACAAAAUAGAUGGCAUCGUGAGGAAGGAAAAUGAUGUGGAUAUAUUGAAGCAACAUCUCAAGACAUCAGUCAGGAAGAUAAAGCUUGGUUGCAAAUGGGUCUUCCAAAUGGACAAUGACCCCAAGCAUACUUCCAAAGUUGUGGCAAAAUGGCUUAAGGACAACAAAGUCAAGGUAUUGGAGUGGCCAUCACAAAGCCCUGACCUCAAUCCUAUAGAAAAUGUGUGGGCAGAACUGAAAAAGCGUGUGCGAGCAAGGAGGCCUACAAACCUGACUCAGUUACACCAGCUCUGUCAGGAGGAAUGGGUCAAAAUUCACCCAACUUAUUGUGGGAAGCUUGUGGAAGGCUACCCGAAAUGUUUGACCCAAGUUAAACAUUUUAAAGGCAGUGCUACCAAAUACUAAUUGAGUGUAUGUAAACUCCUGACCCACUGGGAAUGUGAUGAAAGAAAUAAAAGCUGAAAGAAAUCAUUCUCUCUACUAUUAUUCUGACAUUUCACAUUCUUAAAAUAAAGUGGUGAUCCUAACUGACCUAAGAGAGGGAAUUUUUACUAGGAUUAAAUGUCAGGAAUUGUGAAAAACUGAGUUUAAAUGUAUUUGGCUAAGGUGUAUGUAAACUUUCGACUUCAACUGUACAUACAUACACACAUACAUGGCCAAAGGUAUGUGGACACCUGCUUGUCGAACAUCUCAUUCCAAAAUCAUGGGCAUUAAUAUGGAGUUGGUCCCCCCUUUGCUGCUAUAACAACCUUCUGGGAAGGCUUUCCACCUAAUAUUGUAACAAUGCUGCGGGGACUUCCAUUCAGCCACAACAGCAUUAGUGAGGUCGGGCACGAAUGUUGGGCGAUUAGGCCUGGCUCGCAGUCGGCGUUCCAAUUCAUCCCAAAGAUGUUCGAUGGGGUUGAGGUCAGGGCUCUGUGCAGGCCAGUCAAGUUCUUUCACACUGAUCUCGACAAUCCAUUUCUGUACAGACCUCGCUUUGUGCACGGGGGCAUUGUCAUGCUGAAACAGGAAAGGGCCUUCCCCAAACUGUUUCCACAAAGUUGGAAGCACAGAAUUGUCUAGAAUCCCCAAACUGUUGCCACAAAGUUGGAAGCACAGAAUUGUCUAGAAUGUCAUUGUAUGCUGUAGCGUUAAGAUUUCCCUUUACUGGAACUAAGGGCCUAGACCGAACCAUGAAAAACAGCCCAGACCAUUAUUCCUCCUCCACCAAACUUUAAAGUUGUCACUAUGCAUUCGGGCAGGUAGCGUUGCCUGGCAUCCGCCAAACCCAGAUUCAUCCAUCGGACUGCCAGAUGGUGAAGCGUGAUUCAUCACUCCAGUGAACGUGUUUCCACUGCUCCAGAGUCCAAUGGCGGCGAGCUUUACACCACAUGCGCAUGGUGAUCUUAGGCUUGUGUGCGGCUGCUCGGCCAUGGAAACCCAUUUCAUGAAGCUCCUGACGAACAGUUAUUGUGCUGACAUUGCUUCCAGAGGCAGUUUGGAACUCAGUAGUGAGUGUUGCAACAGAGGACAGACAUACUACCACUUCGCGGCUGAGCCGUUGUUGCUCCUAGACAUUUUCACUUCACAAUAACAGCACUAGUGUAUACAUAUACACAGACCUCAUGCUUGUUGGCAUCUGUGUGUGUGUGUUUGUGUGUGUGUGAGUGUGUAUGUGUGUGUGUGUGUGUGUUGGGUCUCCAGCUCCACUCUAAUGGGGAAAGUCAACAGCAGGACUCCGGGGCAGAAUCUAUGUCUAACAAGGAUGACCUCAGUGCUGAACUCUUGUUAGCUGCAUUGUGGAACCAGGGCCCUGAAAACAGCCACUAUACAAGAUGUAUCUCUACCCCCCACUAUCUACCCACGUAGGAUCCUCUAUGCUUCGGGUUAUGGCACCACCCCUGAGGUCUUUCUCUCUUUCCACCUCCUCCUCCUCUACACAGGGUGUUGAAGGAGUAUCUAGGGGAGAAAGAGGUGGAGCUGUCCCUAACCUUUGACGCGGUGGAGGAGACGGACAUGGGCAACUACACCUGCUUUGUGGAGAACCAUAUCGGGCGGAGGAGUGGCAGCGCCAUUCUGCAGAAGAAAGGUAGGCUUGUCCUCAAAACUGCUGCUGCUGCUAAAGCUGCUGCUAUGACAGCAACACUUUAGGCUAACAGAUUAUGGGUAAUGUCUCCCUGGGGAGGGUUGCGACGGUGCAGCGUCAGGCCCCAGCGCCAUCCCACCUCCCCACCAUCCUCUCCUGGAGGGGGGCGUCCCACUGUGUCUCUUCUAAUGGGACAGGUGAUUAAAGCCACAACUAAUGACGACCUUCCCUCUUCUGGUUCUGUCCUUCCAGAGGAGUGGUUAAGUAUAGGAGGGUAAACAACCAAGGCUCACUGAGAGACACUGAUAGUUUCUCUUCUCCCUGUCUCUCUAUCUCUUUAUCUGCCUUUCUGUCUCUCUUUCCCUCUUUUUCUGCAUUUCUGUCUCUCUCCCUCUCUCCCCUCACCCCCCCCUUCCUGCUCUCCCUCUCUCUCUCCCUCCUUUCCUCCCUCCCUCCCUCUCUCCCUCCCGCCCUCCCUCCCCCUGUUUCUCUCUCUCUCUACACUCUUUCUCCCUCCCUCCCUCUCUUUCUCUGAUUAUGCGUAGGGUGGAGCACAACCUCUGACUCAUGCUAAACAGUUCAUUUAGUUCAGAUUCAGCCUAAGAUUGGUAAGAGGAGACAAGGGGUACCAUUGUCACAUAGUAUUGGUGCAAGUAACAGUCAAUUAGGGGUGAGAGCGUUAUCCCCGUUGCCCAUUUGGGCAGUGACUAAUUAAAACCCCAUUUCCUCUUGCCAAAUGUGUCUAAUAAUACUGUGUCAUGCUAUAUGUAUUGUGGUCCUCUGUAGCUCAAUUGGUAGAGCAUGGCGCUUGUAACGCCAGGGUAGAGGGUUCGAACCCCGCGACCACCCAUACGUAAAAAUGUAUGCACAUAUGACUGUAAGUUGCUUUGGAUAAAAGCGUCUGCUAAAUGCCAUAUUAUUAUUCAAUGAGGGUAAAGGUAAGGAACCUAGCUAAACUUAGAUGUAUACUUAAGAUAAAUACAUUUAGGAAGCGAUUGUAUGGAGAUGGAUGUAGCUACGUAGGUAGUGAAAACCAUGGGUACUGAAAGAGCAUGAGUUUGCAGAGAGCAGACUUUGAUCCCCGUUUCUCUUUGUCUUGGAAAGGCAGAUAUGCUUGAGUCACAGCUUUAUAAGUGCAUUGUAAACUAGAUUUUGGCUGAGAGCAAAUAUAUGUUUUAUAGCCUCAGCGCAAUGAAAAACUACAACCGUGAAUAGUGUGCUUCGUAUGCACCAAUAAAGUAUUGUAGCAGGUCACAAAGGGCAAAAGUAUUCUAAUGGAAUCAAAUAAAUACUUGCGUAUUUUAUGUUACAAUAUUGCAUGAAAGAUUAAUCCCAAAUGCCCUCCUAACCUCCCAAAGAGUUGAGUCAUCAUCUCAAGGAAUUGUUGUGGCUUAAGUGUCUCGUUUCGGAAGGAAAACAAUUCAUUCAAAAAUGUAUUUCAGACCCUCGAGCACAUUAAUAUAUCCAUUAAUGAGGAAAGCAGAGUAAUUUGAACCUAUUAACUUUAGGCUCGGAGGCAUACAGUGAACUGUAUAAUUUUGAUAGCCAUUCAAAUCGAGGGAAAUAUGUAAACAAAUAGCAUGUAGGGCAGCACAGACUACACCAGACAAGGCUGUGUUGGGGAAAAAAUGCAUCUAAAUAUUUGGUCCACAAAUAUUUAAUUCCCCAUAAAACAUGAGAAAUCCUUCCCAUUCCAGUUUUUUAAUAUUGCUCAGCAAAUGAGUGUACUGAAUAUUCAGUAUUUAAGUAUUAGUAGGAAGUAAAAAAGGACAAAACUAUACUAUUACUGAAUCAGUUUAGUUCAGUUCAGGUUUCUCCAUGAGAAGGAAUGAGUGGUCCUGUGUUCUACACUGUCUGUUCUUGGAGUGAGGCUACAGAGACCUCUACUGGUCACUGCUCACUGGGCUAAACACUAACCACCACGGCCCAUAGAACACAUGACAGAACACAUGCAACAUAAUGGAGGAGCACAUUAUAAUACAGACUAAACGUUGAGAGCUCUACUCACAGUAUUGAUCUGUGUUGUUUAUGUGUGGGAUGUCAGAGUAAUGCUUGUAGUGAAUUGCAAUGGAAUCCCGUUGUAUUGGACAACUGCAGCUGAAUGGUGGUUUCACAGGGAUGACUACAGGGCCCCUGUUCAUAAAGCGUCUCAUAGUAGGAUCGCUGAUCUAGGAUCAGUUUUGCCUUUUAGAUCAUAAUAAAUAAGAUUACAAGGGCAGUGGGGACCUGAUCCUAGAUCAGUACUCGUACUCUGAGAUGCUUUAUGAAUACAGGCCCAGAUUGCAGAAGUGGUUUAGAUCAGUUUCCUUGUAUGGUCUAUGGAUUUCGUAUAUCUAUGGGAACAUAUACCUAUUUUGAUAAACAAAAUGUAUAAGGAAAUGGCAUGCCGACCCAUCAUCCCUCUCAUCUUAAAGGUUUUAUGAUUUCACAGAUGAGUGCGUUCACACACCAACCUACCAAGUACCCCAGUGCUGUAUGUCAGUGACGAGUGGCCCGACAGAUAGUGUAAUGUCUGACGGAUGCAGGAUGAGAAAUUAUGCUACUAUCAUCUGGAGUGACUGCAGCUAAGAUUUAUGGCUCAUAUUUGGUGAAUGGCAGCAGGGCAAACAUGAACGAUUAUAGCUAGUUUUGCACCCCUCAGCCCCCUUUCAUACACACGUACGCACGCACACACAUUCAAUACUGUGUGAACGCAUAGACCGAAGAAAUGUUCUCAUAUCUUUGUCUUUAUGCUAUGUUUCUGUAUAAAGCAUAUAUAUGACAGUUCAAUUGAACUCAAUUCAGAUGAAUGCUUGGUUCUUCAUGCAGUAUUUCCUCACAGAACACUUGGAAAUGACUUAACCCUAUAGGCCCCCAAGAACUGUGAACGUAAGCUUCUGUUGACAGUGCAACGAAAACUUUAGUAGAAAGAUACAGAGGAAUUGUGGUAGGGGAAACUGUAAUGAGUAAUGUUAGUAUCUUGUGGCAGUAAGUGUCUUAUUUCUCUGUUUCUCCUCACUCUUCAUGUCUAUCUCUCUCUGUAUGUCUAUAUCUGUUCUCUAGCAGACGUAUCAUACCUAUCUUUCUCUUCUUUCUACCAGACAUGUACAGGCUAGAGCUGGCUGGUGGACUAGGAGCCAUCCUGCUGCUACUGGGCUUCUUCACGGCCAUCUACAAGUGCUACAAUGUGGAGAUCAUGCUCUGCUACCGGAGGCACUUUGGGAGUGACGAGACAGAGGACGGUGAGUGUGUGUCACCUGGGGCUGGGCUGGGUGUGUCCUACACGGCCAGUUCUGGGCCUAUAGCCCACCCAGUGAGAGUCUCAGAGCAGGGAAAAGGUCAGUCACAGCUCUCAGCGCCCCCGGAGACUGUAACAGAAGCAGUAUUCUCACCGUAUUAAGGAUUCGUGCAAGAAAAAAAGUAUGUGUUUGAAAUUCAUGAGAACUAGAGCUGAUGUUCUGACCCUUAUUUUAGCGACACAGAAUUAGUUACCAUUCUGGCCACUUAUCCCUUAGUUGUCUGUAUCCACACUUCUUUGUUUUAGGAUUUAAGUUUCACAUUUCUAUGACAUGGUUGUCACUUUCUAGGAUAGAUCCCCUUGCUAUACAUUCACAAUAGAGACAUACAGAAUUUUUGUUGUUAAACAACUAUGUUAUGUCAUACUCAUAUUCAUCUAGAAUUCUCAUUUGGUAACAGAAAACUGUCUCUUUGUCUUCGUCUUUUCACCCACAGACAACAAGGAGUAUGAUGCAUAUUUGUCCUACACCAAAGUGGAGCUGGAUUCGAUGGACAGGGGCUCCAGUGAAGAGGAGCAGUUUGCUCUGGAGAUCCUCCCAGAUGUUCUGGAGAAACACUACGGAUACAAGCUCUUCAUCCCCGACCGGGACCUCAUCCCCAGCAAUCACAGCAGUGAGUGAUCCCUAUAAGGGUGGUGUGUGUUGUGGUGUGCUUUGAGGGCCUGCAUAUACAGUGGGGAGAACAAGUAUUUGAUACACUGCCGAUUUUGCAGGUUUUCCUACUUACAAAGCAUGUAGAGGUCUGUAAUUUUUAUCAUAGGUACACUUCAACUGUGAGAGACGGAAUCUAAAACAAAAAUCCAGAAAAUCACAUUGUAUGAUUUUUAAGUAAUUAAUUUGCAUUUUAUUGCAUGACAUAAGUAUUUGAUACAUCAGAAAAGCAGAACUUAAUAUUUGGUACAGAAACCUUUGUUUGCAAUUACAGAGAUCAUACGUUUCCUGUAGGUCUUGACCAGGUUUGCACACACUGCAGCAGGGAUUUUGGCCCACUCCUCCAUACAGACCUUCUCCAGAUCCUUCAGGUUUCGGGGCUGUCGCUAGGCAAUACGGACUUUCAGCUCCCUCCAAAGAUUUUCUAUUGGGUUCAGGUCUGGAGACUGGCUAGGCCACUCCAGGACCUUGAGAUGCUUCUUACAGAGCCACUCCUUAGUUGCCCUGGCUGUGUGUUUCAGGUCGUUUCAGGUGUUUCAGGUGCUCUUACUGAGGGAAGGAGGUUGUUGGCCAAGAUCUCGCGAUACAUGGCCCCAUCCAUCCUCCCCUCAAUACGGUGCAGUCGUCCUGUCCCCUUUGCAGAAAAGCAUCCCCAAAGAAUGAUGUUUCCACCUCCAUGCUUCACGGUUGGGAUGGUGUUCUUGGGGUUGUACUCAUCCUUCUUCUUCCUCCAAACACGGCGAGUGGAGUUUAGACCAAAAAGCUCUAUUUUUGUCUCAUCAGACCACAUGACCUUCUCCCGUUCCUCCUCUGGAUCAUCCAGAUGGUCAUUGGCAAACUUCAGACGGGCCUGGACAUGCGCUGGCUUGAGCAGGGGGACCUUUCGUGCGCUGCAGGAUUUUAAUCCAUGACGGCGUAGUGUGUUACUAAUGGUUUUCUUUGAGACUGUGGUCCCAGCUCUCUUCAGGUCAUUGACCAGGUCCUGCCGUGUAGUUCUGGGAUGAUCCCUCACCUUCCUCAUGAUCAUUGAUGCCCCACGAGGUGAGAUCUUGCAUGGAGCCCCAGACCGAGGGUGAUUGACCGUCAUCUUGAACUUCUUCCAUUUUCUAAUAAUUGCGCCAACAGUUGUUGCCUUCUCACCAAGCUGCUUGCCUAUUGUCCUGUAGCCCAUCCCAGCCUUGUGCAGGUCUACAAUUUUAUCCCUGAUGUCCUUACACAGCUCUCUGGUCUUGGCCAUUGUGGAGAGGUUGGAGUCUGUUUGAUUGAGUGUGUGGACAGGUGUCUUUUAUACAGGUAACGAGUUCAAACAGGUGCAAUUAAUACAGGUAAUGAGUGGAGAACAGGAGGGCUUCUUAAAGAAAAACUAACAGGUCUGUGAGAGCCGGAAUUCUUACUGGUUGGUAGGUGAUCAAAUACUUAUGUCAUGCAAUAAAAUGCAAAUUAAUUACUUAAAAAUAAUACAAUGUGAUUUUCUGGAUUUUUUUAGAUUUCGUCUCUCACAGUUGAAGUGUACCUAUGAUAAAAAUUACAGACCUCUACAUGCUUUGUACGUAUGAAAACCUGCAUAAUCAGCAGUGUAUCAAAUACUUGUUCUCCCCACUGUAUUGUGUUAUCUGUCAAUGCUGGAUCUCCCAUCUCCACAAGGCAGCUACUGUACCGUUUAUUGGUGUUGGCAUCUUACUUGGGAGUGUAAUUGGUGUCAAAUAGUUACAUAUAUGGUAAAAGCAGAGGGGAAAUGAAAUUCAGCAACUGUAUGUGUGGUUUACCAGUGCAUUACAUAAGCUUGAUGUACAGUGCGUUCGGAAAGUAUUCAGACACCUUUACUUUUUCCACAUUUUGUUACGUUACAGCCUUAUUCUAACAUUUAUUAAAUCGUUUUUUUCCCUCAUCAAUCUACACACAAUACCCAUAAUGACAAAGCAAAAACAGGUUGCACUUUAUGUCAAUUCAUCUUGUUAUACAGUUUUACACACAGCCAAAGGUGCAUGCACACAAGCACACACACACACACACACACACACACACACACACACACACACACAUACACACAUACAAUCACAUAGGUCCUACACACACACCCCUCCACCUAUGGCAUUUUGGCCCAUACAAAAAAAUAAAAAUUAUGCUCCCUCCUUGCACUCCUUAGGCUGGUCAAAGCCAUGCUUACAUAACUAAACUGCUUUCUAAGUGUGUUUGCUUGCCGACAAGCCAUGGGGCUCAGUAGGGUGUAUUGAUAGUGCUGCAUAGGUAUUGAAUUAUAGAGAAGUGUUCAGUUCCCUGAGAGGCAGGCUGCCAUCAUUAGUACCAAUGCAUUUACAGAUCAGGCCAACACGACCAAACGCCUAAUUUGUUCAGAAAGAGAGGGAGAGAGAGAGAGAAGAGAGAGAGAGAGAGAGAGAGAGAGAGAGAGAGAGAGCGAGAGAGACUAUUACUAUUUGUAUUAAUUGAUUUAUAUAAUCAUCAGCAUAUGAAAAACAGGGCGAGAAAAAUGAAAAAAAUAGCACUCUAACUCAGUCCCGCCCAUACAAAUUGUACUAUUUAUGCACUGCAAAUUGACCGUGAGAUUGCAAUGUGUUGUUGCUCUUCCAUCAUUAAUUUUGUUAGGAACUGGCAAGAGAUGAAAGGAAGAGCAUUUCAAAUCCACCAACAUUGCAAGGUUAACAUAUUUAUGCAUAUUUCAUUGCCAAUUAAACAUCUGUAUGUUUAUUAAAUUAAUAUCAAUAUAUGUUAAUGUAACAUUGUAAAGAUAUUAAUCUAUCUGACCAUAUUUGAAGUCUCUCAGUAUAGUGCCUCUGUAUUCGCAGUCAGAAAUAGGCAACAUUAAUUGAUUCCCCACGAUCCUACAUGCAUUUCCUGUCUGGAGUCUGGACAUUACCCCCAAUACACAUUUAUGGUUGAAUCUAUUAGGGAUAUGUCCAUGGAAAAACACAGCAUUAUCUCAAUAUCCAUACUAGACGAGACUUGGGGCCAUGCAGGAAAAACAACACAUAGCAAAGGGUUGAGCUGCUACCCCCGCUAAGUGUAUCCUUAAUCGUGCACUUAACAUUGGCCUCAUUAUUUCUCCACUACAUUGCUAAAGUUUCAUACACAAGUAAGGAAAAAGGAUCUCAUUUGUGAGGCUUGCUUUGGUGCUCGCUGUGCUCAGAGUACUAUUUUCAGUCUGCCGCUAAUACCUCCAUAUUGAAAAGGUCUGACACGCUAUCUUUCAUCAUAAGCCAGAAAAAAAGGUUGAUAGACGGUCUCAAGCUCCUGUAGCUCUGGUGCCGCCGCCACAAAUGUGUGUGGCGGAUUACUUUGAACAAAGUCCCCCACACAGCACAUUCUUCAGCUGAGGUUGCUGCCUCUUAAUAUGUGUGAGGGGAUAUCCCAUUCACCUAUAAAAAGUAUUUCUAACUGAAUAGCCUAAUACAAGACAAUCUUGUAUAUGUCAUCUUUUCAUGUUAAGCCACACCGAAUAAGCUGCAUGGGUGUAAAGAAUGAUCAUUCAAAUGUAAAUUGGCUCUGAGUAACAUUUAGUUGGAAUUCAUCAGACUUAACUCACUCUUUAGACUAGAUAAUGCAAUUGUGUGCUGCCUGAGGGGAAGUGUUUUAUUUUUGUUAUAGCCUUCUAAAUUAUAUUCAGGGAGUUUAUUCUUAAAUACCUGCUCUAUUAACCACAGUAAAGGAAGUUAGAGAUCUGGGCCUGUGUCCACCAAGCGUUUCAGAGUAGGAGUGCUGAUCUAGGAUCAGUUUUGCCAUUUAGAUCAUAAUGAGUAAGAUUACAUAGACAGAUCCUACAUCAGCACUCUUCCUCUGAGUUGCUUAGUCGGGCCCAACACUAAUGAGAUGAUAUAUCAAGGGUUUUAGCCUACUGUUUAGGCCUUUUUAUGUUUACUUCAAUGUUUAUUUCUUGUGAUCUCUGUUAUAACGCUAUCUAAUAUGAUUAAGCCUUCUGUUGACUUUCAGGCUAAUCGUCUUAAGUAUAAGAAUGGACAUUUGUAGUAGGAGAUGGAGGUGGGGCACAUGUUGUGUGGUGGCACUGGUGCCUGGGGUGAUGUUGGGUGUCAGGGAAGGAAGAUGUGUGGUUGUGGAGCAGUGUGUGUGUAGCAGUGGGGUGGGCAGUUGAGGUAGAGGAGGGCCGAUGUGUGAUGUGACACGUGCAGGUGUAAAAGACAGGGCCCCUGCAGGGGAAGGCAGGACACUGGACCAUUACCCAGCCGGAGCCAACCAUCCGCUAAGAGCUAAUAUGGCAUUUAACUCUUUAAAUCGCUCUCUCUCUCUCUCUCUCUCUCUCUCUCUCUCUCUCUCUUUCUCUGUCUCUCUCUCUCACCCUUCAACUUCCUUUUUUCUAUGACUCAUAGACACCCUCUAUUUACCAGUGUACAUUUUUUGCCUGCUUUUCAACAGGCUAAUUACAUUACAUUGCUCACCCACAGGUUUAGGAUUAAGACGUCAGGGUAGUGAGAAGGCUAUAUUGACUAAAGGUGGUGUGUUUUUAAAGUGUGGUGUUGUCCUGAUGCUGUCUGUUUGGUUGUAUAGUGGGAGUAGUUAUAGGGGGUGUAAUGUGACAUAGAUCAAAGUGUUGGUUGCUGCUGUGUUUUGUAAUGUCUCGGGGUGUUGUUUUAGGCCUGCAGCUUCAUACUGCUGUUAUCUCAAUUCUAAAUGGACAAAUUUAAAUGUUUUGUUACAUGCUACUCUUUGACAUGUUCUCUCUCUCUUUCCCUUUCUCUGUGUCAUUCUGUCUUUCUCCCUCCCUCUCUCUCUCUCUCUCUCUCUCUCACUCUCUGUAUCUCUGUAUCUCUGUCUCUCUCUCUCUCUCUCUCUCUCUCUCUCCCUCUCCCUAUCUCUCUUUGUAUCUCUCUCUCUCUUCUCCAGUCUACAUCGAGGACCUGGCACGGAGUGUGGAGCAAAGCAGGCGUCUGAUCAUCGUGUUGACUCCUGAGUUUGUGGCCAAGCGUGGCUGGAGCAUCUUCCAGCUGGAGACACGGCUCCACAGCAUGCUGGUGACCGGGGAGAUCAAGGUCAUUAUGAUCGAGUGUGCUGACCUCAAGAGCGUCAUCAACUACCAGGAGGUGGAGGCCCUGAAGAACACCAUCAAAGUGCUCACCAUCAUCAAGUGGAGGGGCCCUAAGAGCAACGAGCUCAAGUCCAAGUUUUGGAAGCAGGUGAUAUACGAGAUGCCGGUAAAGAGGAAGGAGAUGCUGUCUCGCCGGCAGGUGCUAGACUCCGGAGAGCAGGGCCUGUUCGGCGACCUGCAGACGGUCUCCACCAUUGCCAUGACAACCACAUCUGCCUCGCUGGCACCCGCCCACCAUGCCGAGAUCCCAGACUUUAACCAGGCCGGCCACCCCCAGAUGAGACACUACUGCACCCGUAGUUACGAGUAUAAGAUGCCCGGCUCCCCCGUGCAGAUAGCCACCUUGAGUAACCGUCACAUGUACUGCAAUAUCCCCAUGACGCUGCUCAACGGACAGGUGACUCAGAACAACACGAUGGGAAAGAGCAAGCAGGAGAUCCACUUGAACAGCACUUUCGUCCCUCUAUCUGGAAGGGAACUCACAAGUGAUAUCUGGUAG